GAUUGCUUGUUCGAUAGUAGGCAACCAGGGCGACGAAUCACGAAUCCUCCACAGCCACAGCCGGCUAGCACUCGCUGCAUAGGCAUCCACAUCUGCACCAGCAAUUGCCCUGUCCCCUGUCGUCAGCAGUGAACAGAGAGCAGUUAGCAGUGAGCAGUGAGCAGCAGCCAACAGCAGGAGCACCUGCAUCAUGGCCCAAUCCCAUCGGGAUCGGGAGCGUGGCUCCGGGCCACUGCCCAACCGCUGGCUUUACUGUCCGCGCAAGAGCGACUCCAUCAUCGCGGAACGCUUCCUGGCCUUCAAGACGCCCCUGAGCCAGAGCUUCCAGGACAAGAUGCCCAUCGAGUGCACCUUUCGACCCGAGAUGCUCUUCGACUACUGCAAGACUCUGAAGCUGAAACUUGGCCUCUGGGUGGACCUGACCAACACGAAACGCUUCUACGAUCGGUCGACGGUGGAGGAGCGCGGCGCCCAGUACAUCAAGCUGCAGUGCCGCGGACACGGCGAAACACCCUCGCCGGAGCAGACGCACAGCUUCAUCGAGAUCGUGGACAACUUCAUCAACGAGCGCCCCUUCGACGUCAUCGCCGUCCACUGCACGCACGGCUUCAACCGCACCGGCUUCCUGAUCGUCUCCUACAUGGUCGAGCGGCUCGACUGCUCCGUGGAGGCAGCGCUGGCGGUGUUCGCCAACGCCCGGCCGCCGGGCAUCUACAAGCAGGACUACAUCAAUGAGCUGUACAAGCGCUACGACGACGAGGAGGACGCGCCAUCCGCGCCGGAGCAGCCCAACUGGUGUCUGGACUACGAUGACAGCAACGGCGAUGGCUCGGCGACGGACAGCCGGAAGCGGCACUUCGACGACAACAACAGCAGCUCCUCCUCCACAUCGCAGCAGCAUGCGGGAGAGCAGCAGGAGGAUGAGGGCGAGGAGCUGGACGGAGACGAGGCGGACGGCGAUGGCGAUGCCUCCACGUCCGAUGGACAGCCGCGCAAGAAGCGGCGCCGCGAGAUGGUCGUAAAGAACGCCACCUUCAUGGCCGGAGUGCCCGGCGUGCGACAGGUGAGCGACCAGCCGCGUUUGGGCGAUCUGCAGCGCAAGGUGCAGGACUGGUGCCAGUGGAACAAAAACGGCUUCCCCGGCUCUCAGCCCGUGUCCAUGGACACCAACAACAUCAAGCGCCUCAGCGAGAUACCCUACCGUGUGUCGUGGAAGGCGGACGGCACACGCUACAUGAUGCUCAUCGACGGCCGGGACGAGGUGUACUUCUUCGAUCGCAACCACUCCUGUUUCCAGGUGGAGAACGUGGCGUUUGUGGAUGGCAAGAACCUAAACGACCACCUCGAGGGCACCCUGCUCGAUGGGGAAAUGGUGCUGGACAAGAUCGGCGAGACGGUUACGCCGCGCUACCUCGUCUACGAUGUGGUGCGUAUAUCGCAUCGCGAUGUAAGGGACGAGCCAUUCUAUCCCAAUCGACUGGACUACAUAAAGAAGGAUGUCAUAGGUCCCCGCAUCCUGGGCAUGAAGCACGGCAUCAUCAACCAACGGCUGCAGGCUUUCAGUGUGCGCGGCAAGGACUUCUGGGACAUUUGGAUGUCCGCCCGUCUGCUGGGCGAGAAGUUCUCCCGGACGCUGGCCCACGAGCCGGAUGGCCUCAUCUUCCAGCCAUCGCAGCAGCCGUACACGGCAGGUGUCUGCUCAGAUGUCUUCAAGUGGAAGCCCCAUGAGCUCAACUCGGUGGACUUUCGGCUCAAAAUAAUCACAGAGCGUGGCGAGGGCCUGCUCACCAAGAAGGUGGGCUUCCUCUAUGUGGGUGGCCACGACGCCCCCUUCGGGCGAAUGCAAAAGCUGACGAAGGAGAUCCGUGACUUGGACAACAGGAUCGUUGAGUGCACCAUGAAUCAGUUCGGCAACUGGGAGUUUAUGCGCGAGCGCACAGACAAGAAGCAUCCCAAUAGCUACAAUACAGCCCACUCCGUUGUGAAGAGCAUAAAGCAACCCAUUACUAAGGACUACCUAUUAAAUUAUAUCGCCACGUAUGGCUUUCGUGAUGACCAUGCCAUGAUGCCGCCGCCGCCCAAUGCACAUCCGCACCCACAAUCCCAUGGGCAUGGGCAUGGGCAUGGCCACCAUGGCGGACCGCAGGGCCAGCGCCGGCCCCACUGAACGAACGCAGCUAGCCGCACCACACGCCUCAUGUCUCCAUCUCACCACUGAACUCGACACUAGGAAAUUAAACAGCCCCAAAUAAAUCUAAUUCAAAACAAGAA